GCCCUCCCCGCCGCUGAACAGCUCUGCAACGCACCGCCCAGCCAUGCGUUCUUUCAUGGGACUGGCUCCUCCUCCCUCUCGGUCCCUGUCUCUGUUACCUCGCCCCAAUCAGCCCUUCACUGCUACUCCCUGGCCUGCACGUCACUGGCCAGCGUUCACCCCGCCGCGCGCCAUUGGUUAAGCUCCUAUAGCAGGACAUCCCUCUCUCACUGUGGACUCACGGAGCCCCAGCAGCAGCAGUGGCAGGAGCAGCAGAACCCCAUGAAUGACCUUAGCGGGUGCAGGGAAGGGGGUCCCUCCUCCCCCUCCCUCCCGCCUGGCGUGCCGUUACCUUCACCAACUUGCCCGCCGUCGCCAGCACCGCCCAGCCUGACAUCGACCUCGCCUGCAGCGCCCAGCCCUCUCCCUCCCUCGCCCUCACCGCCCAGCCCUCGCCUACACCGCCAUCUCCUGCACUUCAACCGCCUGGCGUUCCGCCUCCAUCCCUCACCUUCUCUUCCCAGCCUUGCACCACCACCACCUCCUGCGCCGCUUCCUGCAUGGCGUGCUGCCACCUUCGCUGGAGCCGCCCAGCCUUGCACCACCACCACCUCCUGCGCCGCUUCCUGCAUGGCGUGCUGCCACCUUCGCUGGAGCCGCCCAGCCGCUCAUCCGCCGUAGCUUAUAU